ACUAAGUGUGCCCCCCUAGGCGAAGUGUUCGUUAAAUAUAUUGUUAGUAUUAAAAAUAAUUACGUGACUUGUUGUAAAGGUGUUUGGUGAAACUUCAACAUGUCGAGGGAUAUAAGGUCAUAUUUUUCACCGAGGAAGCCUGCAAAUCCUUCUGCUGUAGUUGAGGAUGAUGACGCUCUCAUUCCAGAAUCUCCAGAUGUUCAAAUUAUUAAAAACAAAAAAAAGAAGCGAGUUUUAGAGCGAAGAGAUAAAUCUGAAAAAACAACAACAUCAACUGCCUCAAGAAACAAAACAGAAGAUUCAAAGAAAUCAACUGAAAAAUCUGAUGACAAAAAACAAAAGUCUACUUUAAAUACAGAAUCUAAUAAAGACUUGAAAAAGACAGAUGAAAGUAAACUAUCAUUAAAGAAAUCAAAAAGUACAGAAUCAAAGAAAAAUAAUGAUAAAGAUCAUACAAAGGUAGAGAAAGCUGACAAAGAUCAGAAAUUGCCAAAAAGGUUUGUAGAUAAGUUUAUUCAGUGUAACCUUAAUCAGUCAUCAAUUGAUUCUAAUGAAAUUAAAAAAUCUAAGAUUGAUUUGAAAAGCAAAAGGAAAGCCAAGUUCCUAGAGACUGAUUCUAGUCAAGAUCAGAGCAGUAAGAAGAAGAAAUUAAAUAAGUCUAUGGAGGCUAAGUCAGGUCAGGAGACUAAAGAGUAUGAUUGUGAUUCUUCUGUAUUAAAUGAUGAUGAGAAGGAGAGCCAUAAAAGAAAGAAAAUGAAUAAGUCUGUGUUAACAGAUGAACAUCGUCUUAGAAGGCGAAUGAUGUACAAAAACUAUCGGAAUAGACCUGAACCUAAACACUUGGGAGCCAAGGAGAUCCCAGAGGGUAAACCAGAUUGCUUGAAGGACUGUUCGUUUUUGAUGACUGGAGUUCUUGACUCGUUUUUAAGGGAUGAAAUAGCCGCUGCAAUUACUAAGUAUGGAGGCUGUGUCAAAAGUGGGGUAUCUAAAAAGGUUACUCAUGUGCUAGCCGGCAAUGCUGCGGGCCCAGCGAAAAUGGCGAAAGCACAAGAACUUAUUUUUAAUUUGAACGUUGUGCGCACCUGUAAUUAACAUAUUUACGCAGGACUUAUUACAAUUGUAAACUUAUAUAUGUGAAAGUAUUUGUAAAUAAGUUGUUGGUGUGCCUAAAUAAAUAAAUAAAUAAAUAAAUAAAUAAACUAGGAAUAAAAAUCAUUAACGAGGACGAGUUCCUUGCUAUGAUCACAGAACGAUCACAGGACACGCCUGCCUAAAUAUAAGAUAUUAAAAAAGAAAAAGAAAUCAAGAAAGAGAAAACUCCCAGCAAAAAAGAUAAACCUGACAAAGAUAGAAAAGAUAAACAUGUUGACAGCAAAUCUAAGAAGAGUCCGACAGACAAAGUUAUAAUAGAAUCAAAAUCGAAGGAUUCGAAUAAACUAGAUGUUAGUAAAUCAAAGAAUUGUGAGACGUCUAAAAGUUCUAGAAAGAUAAAGGAAAAGAAAAUGGAACUAGAAACAGAAACUAAAUCAAGUGCUAGUUCAUCUCUUCUAGACUUAUUAAUGGUAAGCAUGAUUAUGAAUAACUAGCUUUUUCCCGCUGCUUCGUUCGUGAAAAAUUAUGCCAUGACUCACCAUGGCACGAUCUGCCUAGUAAUUUCCCAAUUAUAUUGGCUUGGCUUCCAGUCUAACCAGAUAUAGCUAAGUUCCAGUAUUUUGAGCGAAUGUCUGUAGCGAGUGUAUCCAAACGCCAAACAUCUGACAUUUGACACUUAUUAAAUACUUUGACACAAGAUCUUCCACCUCCAUCCUUCUCUCUCUUUGGUCAGCCCUUGCCUGGACGAACACAUUUUUGUAAAUUAUUUUUUAUGUAAUAAAAUAUUAAGACCCUUUGUAAUCAUUAAAAUAAACACAUAAAAAUA